UAUCUCUCAGCAGUUUUGGAUUUGACGCAUGUCUGUGGUUCGUCUCCUGUCAGCAUGGACGGCAUUUGUCCUUUCUGUCAGUCAGGCACCGCAGGAUGCCAAGCUCUUGGAGUACGAGGUGAAAGCUUGCAAGCAUACCUCUCUCCCCAGCUCGUUAGAGACUCGCGCGUUCACCACGUACACCGGCGAGGUGCACGUGCACGAUGUUUUUGGCUUACCUUCCACGGUCAAGAGGAUGAUCAUCGGCCUCUUCCGUCCCAGUCGGGGGCGGGCGGUUCUCGGUUCAGGGGGGACAAUGGGACGUGAAAAGUGGUUGGAACGCCUUUAAAAAGUGAGAUGCGCGUUUCCCAACUCCAGCACUCUGGUUUCUUCUGGUUAAUAUGAGUGGAAGGGUUCGACACACCAGAAUGCAGUGUGCAAACCUGUUUGAAUGGUGAAGAGGCCUGAUAAGCAGACGCAAAAGGGCACCCCAUAUGGGUGGG